CUCUCUCUCUCUAUAACGUCUCUUUCUCUCUCCCCCGGCGGCCGUCGAUUCAACUCUCCGAUUCGAUUAACCUUCUCCGGUGAAAUUCCUACUUCUCUCUAACCACACCUAACUUCACCAUCACCUAUUCGAAUGCCAAUCAAAAGCAAUACUACCAACUGCUUCUCCCUCUCAUCUUCGUAGAACUCGCCGAAGCACGAAACUUCUACUUCGCUUCGUGCGAGCUUCUGGUAACAGAUUCUUCCAACUCGAGCUCCAUUCUUGUGUUUAAUUUCGUUUGUUGCAGUGAAGUCGUGAAGUAUUAAUGGAGUCAAGGAGCUGCAUGAACGUGGUAUGCGCCACCUUGACGUCGAUUCAGUGGCGCAAAGGUUGGGCCUUGCGAUCCGGCGAAUUUGCCGAUCUCUGUGAUAAGUGCGGUUCUGCAUAUGAGCAAUCAAUAUUUUGUGAAAAAUUCCACUCAAAUGAUUCUGGUUGGAGAGAGUGUGUUUCAUGUGGCAAGCGUCUACAUUGUGGAUGCAUUGCCUCUAAGUCUCAGCUUGAGUUGCUAGAUUCCGGUGGUGUAAGCUGUAUAAAUUGCACAAGAAAUUCAGGACAUAAACUUGUUGCGGGUACUGAAAAGCCUACUGGCUCUGGGGCAUCAAAGAUAAAGAACGUCAGUGAACAACUGUGUCCAUCUCUGGCUAACCAAUUAAACGUCAGGGGUAUGCAAGUAGGACAUUCCACAGAUAGUGAUGGGCUGAGAUGGUGGCUUAAACCUCAUAAUCCUGAUGCAAAUGUCCCUUUUCCAGAGAUAAAAACAGAGGAAGGUUUGCCUUCUACUGCAGAACUUGGAAGCCAAUUGAUAUCACAAUUUCACUGCAAAUCUAAUGGUUCAUCUAGGGUUGCCAAAUCAGACAACUGCCAGGCAGAUAUGGAGAUGCAAGAUAUAUAUGAAUCAUUGGCACAUGCAAAUUUGAGUAUGACUCUUGCUUCUCCUUCAGGAAAUUCAAAUCCAUUUCAUAGUGCCAUUGCUGAUGAAAGGGAACAAAGUAAAACCUCGCCUCCACUUUUACUUGGGUCUAGGUCUCGCCACCUUUUACCAAAGCCUCCUAGGUCAAGCCUUGGUUCAAGCUUAGAAACAAAUGCAGCUAUGGUGUCCCAAAUCCGUGUAGCAAGGCCUCCUGCUGAGGGACGUGGAAGAAAUCAGCUACUUCCCCGUUACUGGCCUAGGAUUACAGAUCAAGAGUUGCAACAAAUAUCAGGAGAUUCAAAUUCCACCAUUGUGCCACUCUUUGAGAAGAUGCUUAGUGCAAGUGAUGCUGGUCGAAUUGGUCGCUUAGUUUUACCAAAAGCAUGUGCUGAAGCAUAUUUCCCUCCUAUCUCUCAACCAGAGGGCCUUCCUCUACGAAUCCAAGAUGUGAAAGGAAAAGAAUGGGUGUUCCAGUUUAGAUUUUGGCCAAAUAAUAACAGCAGGAUGUAUGUUCUAGAAGGCGUAACUCCUUGUAUUCAGUCUAUGCAACUGCAAGCUGGAGAUACUGUAACUUUUAGCCGGAUGGACCCUGAAGGGAAACUUAUUAUGGGGUUUAGGAAGGCAACAAAUUCUGCUGCAGUACAGGAAUCUCAUCCGUCUAAUAUGCCCAAUGGCUCUUAUUCAAGUGAAACUUCCUAUUCUGGUGUUUAUGAGAAUCUACCUAUAUUAAGUGGUUAUUCUGGCCUUCUCCAGUCACAAAAGGGAAGUUCAGAAUCCCCGCUAAAUACGCUGUCUAAAAAAUGGAAUUCAGCUGGUGGUGACAUGAAUUGGCAUAAUAUUGAAAUUCCUGAAAAAAGGACAAGGGAGGGAUCGCUUUUGCCGGCUGUGCUGGUUCCAGAGAAGAAAAAAACCAGGAAUAUUGGGUCAAAAAGUAAGAGGUUGCUUAUUGAUAGCCAGGAUGCGCUGGAGUUGAAGCUUACAUGGGAAGAGGCACAGGAUUUGCUUCGUCCUCCUCCAACUGCUAAACCAAGCAUUGUCAUGAUUGAGGAUCAUGUAUUUGAAGAAUAUGAAGAACCUCCUGUCUUUGGAAAGAAGAGUAUAUUCGUAGCCCGCUCUGCUGGGAUAAAUGAGCAGUGGACACAGUGUGAUAAUUGCUCAAAAUGGAGGAAGUUACCAGUUGAUGUACUUGUUCCCCCUAAGUGGACAUGUGCUGAUAAUUUGUGGGAUCAGAGCAGGCGUGCAUGUUCUGCUCCAGACGAAUUGAGCCCAAGGGAGAUGGAUAAUCUCUUGCGACUGAUCAAGGAAUUCAAGAAACAGCGAAUGACUGCCAGCCAAAGACCAACCCUAGAACAUGAAUCUUCCGGAUUGGAUGCUUUGGCAAAUGCUGCAAUACUUGGAGAUGAUGCAGGUGACCCUAGCAGAGCACCAGUUGCUACCACUACGAAGCACCCUCGGCAUAGACCUGGUUGUUCCUGUAUUGUAUGUAUCCAACCACCUAGUGGGAAGGGCAAGCACAAACCUACAUGCACCUGUAACGUGUGCAUGACAGUCAAACGUAGGUUUAAAACCCUUAUGAUGCGAAAGAAGAAGCGGCAAUCUGAGCGUGAAGCAGAGAUUGCUCAGAGAAAUCAGCAGUCAUGGGUGACCAAGGAUGAAUCUGAAGUAGAAAGCACCUCUCAGCAUUUAACUCGAGGUGAUGGUUUGGAGAAUGAAGCAAGGGUGCCAAACGAGUUAGAUUCAAGGAGUCAAGACCAUGCGGAUGAUGCAGCCAAGGGACACUUAGAUUUGAACUGCCAACCUGAUCGAGAAGAUGCUCAAGCUGGGACAAACAGCAUGAGCAUGAUGAGUCUUCUUGAAGAAGCAAAUCUGCCAUUGGAGACCUACCUGAAGAAAAAUGGUCUUACUAGCUUGAUGUCAGAACAGGAAACAAAUUCAGCCUCAAAUAUGCAGGCACAGACGACCAAUGACAGUGAGGGAAAACAAAAUGAGGAUUGUUGUACUCCUUCUGCUGUUCAGGAGCAGGAAAGCAGUCCCGAAGAGAGCAGUGAGCAAGACAAAGGCCAAAACAAUUCAUGAGGUUUUUGCUACCUUCAUUUUCUUUUUGUUUUCUAACUCCAAAGUCUUUUACAAGAAACUCUAUUGUGUUUAUAAAAUUAU